UGACACUAGCCUGGAUGACAUGCCUUCCUGCCUUUGUGUGAUUGGACAGCACAUGUCAUAGCUCUUCAAUGAAAGCGACAACCUUGCUGAAACUUGGUCUGUGUAGAGUCGGUAUUGCCAGAGCUGGGGAGAGUCAGCGUUCAUCAUGAAAGUGCAGUCUGCCCUGCUUACUGCAAUAAGUGUGUUCACUGCCUAUUAUGUGUACACCCCUUUACCCAGCACUGUAUCUGAGCCAUGGAAACUCAUGCUGUUAGAUGCUACCUUCAGAUGUGCCCAGGAUGUGGUAUGUUACGUUAUUUCUAACCUACAUUGAUUAUUAAGGAUUAGAUGGCAUUCUGCACACAACAGCUGUGACCAUCUUGCAAGGGGAAAUCUCAAUAGACUGCUUUUGAAUGGGGGUUUCCUGUCUAAUCUAUAUCUAUUUUUAAAGCAGUCAGUGGAACAGGUCACAUUGCUCCUUGUCUUGAUAAAUAUGAGAACUAAGUUUAUCCCUAUUCGAAGUUGGGUUUACUUUUUUAUAGACAAUGUUUUAUGUGACAUGCAUAGGGAAACUGAUGUAUGUCAAACCUAGCAAACGAUGCUCCUAGAGCUAAUACAACAUUAUGCCAUAUAUACUUGUAUUUAAAAAAAAAAAUGUACUGCUAUUUUAGCUAUAUAAUAUAGCAGUAGGGAAAAAAAAAACACAAUUGUUAUAUGUUGAACCAAAUAUUCGGCUGAAUAUUUUUAUAGCUGUCUAAAGUAUUAUUAAUUAUUUUGGAUUAUAAUAUUAAUGCACAAAAGGGAGAUUUAGAAAAGUGUGUUAUAAGAGAAGUGAGGAAAAGUUAUUUUUUGAAAAUUUUUUAGCAAUUGCCAUAGAAACCAACUGGAUAUUGAAUGUUAAUUCAUCUGGUUUCUAUGGUGAUUGCUACAUUGUAAGAUUUUUUUUUAUUAUUUUUUUUUAAGAGGUUUGCACAGCUCUUCUGUCAGUGGCACAUUCCUUCUGUUGUUAAGGUAUGUGUGUGACAAAAUGUUAGGAAUAAAGUUACGCCCUUGUAAUACUAUCCUACAUUUUAACCUGCUAUUACCCUCAGAAUCCUAUUCUCUUGGUGAAGAUCCACCCCCACUCUGCCCAGGAUGUACAUCUUUGUUCAUGCUGAGUAUUGUGUCUGGUUGAGAGCUUCGCAUAGAGAAGUAUUGUGAUCCAACUGUGCUAUUCAACAACGUAAUGCAUUGUAUUCACAACCACGCUUACAAAGACACAGCACAGCUCACAAUUUUACCUAGUUAGUUCUGUACAUCAUCCAAACGAAUGCAUCUCUCAUUGAGACGCAUUGAGGGUUAAUUGUGUAUGCAUGAAAAUCCAUAUACUUUAGCAAUGCUUUUGUUUUCUUAUGGAGAAAUACAAUGCAAUGCAUUUGGAAGGGCAAAAUAUAAAAUAUGAGCAAAGUUCUUAUGAAGAAGCUGGUAGAGUGGUUGUCUCAUUGACCGUCAGGGAUCUGGCUAGGGUACUAAUAAAACAUAUUAAAUAUCUCACAAACUACAUUAUGCUCUGUUAUUCUGGUUAAACCUAAUAAAAUGUUUGGAGAAAUAAAAUAUCAUACAAACUAAAAUAAAUUAUGUAAAUAGGCUGCAGGAAUUGUAUAUAUACAUCAUAACCACUUGAGGAAGUGAUGGUGUUGAGACUUACUUAAAAAGUAACUAUUUUCUCUUUUUCUAUGCUUCUCUAAUUUACCAAAACAUUCUGUCAUUUUUUUUUUUAUACAUGAUCACUAUUAUGAUCCUUGCUGCUAGUUUUUAUAUUAAAUAAUUGAUAUAAUACCUAUUAAUAUAAAUAACUUAUUUUGGUGAAAAUGUACCAAAACAACAGCAUACAAAUGUUUCCCGUGUGUUUUAUUUGAAUAGUUACUGACACAGGACAGUAUUGAUAAGCUGAAAAUUGCUGGGGAUUUACAGGAUCUUUUCUGUAAAUAGCUAAAUUGUUUUUGCCUGCACGUGAUUGAAUUCUGCAUAGCAGUAUUUAGUAAUAUUAAAAAUACUUGUCUCAGUUUUAUUCACUAAACAGCAAUGGUACGUUUUAGGGAAAAACAUCCAACUUUAAAAACAUCUUAUCACAUGGGUGUUACAGUUUCCUAAUGGGCAAGGUAAUAGUUGUAAUUUUGGCAGAGCAAUGUUUUCAUGAGAGAGACUGUUCAAAUGAUUACUCCAGGACUGCUCCUACACAUGUUCUAUAUGGUAUUAUCGAAAGGGUUUUUAGACUUGUUUAUUCAAAUUGUGUGAAUGCCUGUCAGUUAGCCGCAUCUAGAAAAGCACAUCCUGAUAUUGACUUGUAAUCUGGGAAAAGAUAGUGUGCUAAGAGGGUUAGUUGAUAUGGUUUUCAAGGAAAAAAGAAAAAAGCAGUUAACAUUAUUGCACUUUCAUUAAACCAAAUGUCCUACAGAUACAAAUUCCUACUUGUGGCUUACUGACUUAUUUCCUAGAAUUUGUGAUUUCUACAUAAAGCCCUAACACCUACAUAAGUGCCCUGGAUACCAGCCUGGAGUAAAAUCUUAUUGCUUCAUCUGCUAUAAGAGGUCAUUGCCCAGGGACAAAGGAAGGGGGAGAAAGUUUAACAAAAUGUGUCAAGCUGUUUUUUGACUUUUUACCCACAUGGAAUAUGACUUGAAGUAACCCUCCAGACUCUCUAGUCUGCAAAUGCAGAAGUCAUUUCUAGCCUUUGCUCACAUGACAUUAAGACAUGCCAAGCUACUCAGUAUCCACUGCAGUGACAAUCAGCAUGGGGUACACACUAUAACCUCUGCCUUGGUAUCCAAGAGUGCCAUUGCCUAUGAGUAGAUUACAACCCCAACCCCCGUAAAGGAAACAUAUUCUGUUGGUAUCCUCAUCUGUAUGAGCCUAUAAUAUUUUCAGUAAACCUUACAACAUUUAAAAAAAAAUAUAGCUCUGAUGCUAAGUAGGUUCUCCAACCAUAACUAGAAUGUAUUAUUUAAUUAAAUUCAUCAUAUAUCUCAGCAGUUAGACUGAAGGCAGACUGCAAUGUACAAAUAAAUGGUCUUAUAUUUUGCCCAGAAAACACACAGAUCUUUGUGGAUUGUCCUAAUCACAUGGUGUUUUGAAUAUAUGGGUUUAACAGAUGGAAGCUUCUGAAAUUGUGAGGUGUGACAUCAUAUAUCCCUGUAAUCUCCAUCAGUGUAACUUGCACAGGGUGACGGAGCAUUCACUGAGAUGGAUGCAAACAGAACUCUGUUUCCUGCAACUCUAAUUGCCAUCCAGUCUAUGCUAAGAACAUUAGAGCUCUGUAUGAGGAAGUCCAGUGUCAGAGAAAACUCAAUAGGUAAGCAUUGAGUCAAUGCUUUCCUAUGGGAAAAGCAUAGUGAGCACAUGGCACUUGUGGUUCAUGUGUAUUAGGGCCCCACAUCGGAGGAGGCGUACAUUGGCACUGGAAUUGGAUAAGUGACUACAGGGUUUUUUAACCCUUUAUGUGCUGGGGAGGAGAGGGGAGAUGGCACUAUAGUGUUAGGAAUACAGCUUUGUAUUCAUAACACUAUAGUUUUACUUUAAGACCUUUGAUUUUUCCAUGAUGACAGUAAGUGUGGCUAAUUCUUCUAAUAUAGAAGUUUUGGAUCAAAUGCAUCCUCCAGUGCUCCUCAAUCGUCUCCUCGAGGCACACCUAACAGUCCAGGAUUUAGGGAUUACCAGGUUGUGUCUAAGGUGUUUAAAAAAACAAACAAAAAAACUAAAAACACCUUAGACUCUAUGGUGUUUUUUUUUUUUUUUUUUUCUAUACACCUUUAGAUAUACCCGGGAAAUCCCUAAAUCCUGGACUGUUAGGUGUGCCUUGAGGAGCACUGCAUCCUCUAUGGAUUGCAGUAAUUAGUGCGCUAGCGCCAUAUCAGUCGUCUGAUACAACAAAAGUUAUCAGGACUGCUUACGUCAUCCAGGGAGGAUUGACUGCAGCUUAAAGACUGUCCCUGCUUUUGGAGUAAAUGUGAGUUUAAUUGUAUCUUAAUUAUUUAAAAUAAAACCAAACUAAUAGUUGUAUUUGAAACAUGAAAGGAAAGCAUCUAAUUAAAUAAAAUGUGUUGGGUUUUUUCCGAGAAUUAGAGUGUUCCUUUAAAUAUAUCACAUUGUAACUGCACAACUGGCGCUACGUAAUUUGUUGGCGCUAUAUAAAUAUAAUAAUAAUAACUGGAAUACACAGGCAGCAGACAAAGCUUUACUCUGUCUCUUAGUAUCUGUACUGGUGUUAUGACCAGCAAGGGAGGGCAGUAAGAGAUUUCCACUGGAUCAUAAAACAGAUGGGUGUUUGCUGAACUUUCCCCUACUUUCUUCACCUUCAGUAUUUGUAAUGUGAGCAACAGGAAUUCAGCAGAUGCUGAACCUUUUUAGCAGCAUAGUCUUUUAUCAUUACAGAUGCUGACUGUUGUAAUGUACUGAGAAUUGGAUAAUUAUACAUUGCAAAGUACGCUUUAACAAGUUCAAGAACACAAUUUUUAUUCCGAAAUAGUGGAGCUGAGUGUUUAUUCUUCCUUGCAUAUUUUAACCUACAUUUUUAAAGUCUGUUUUCCACUCAGUGACAGGAUCAGUCCAGGGUGAUUUUCUUGCAAUCAUUACCCAUAGGACCUUUGAGUUGGCUCAGUCUGAUAGCAGUUUAACAAAAUAACACAAUGUUAGAGUGAUGUUUUAAAUUCAUACCUGUUAUAUGUAAUAUGUUAGAAUUAUUAUUACAGGUACUUAUAAAGCUCCAACAUAUUUCACAGCAUCGUACAAUGGCUAAUAUAAGAUUAGGGUUUUUUUUUAAGUUUUUUUUUUUAAUUCUUAAUUUCAGGACAGGGUAACAAAGUCAAUGCAAACAAAACAAAAUAAUAUUACACACAAUGGAACAUUUGUACAAUUACAUCCUCAAUAUUCAUUUACAUGAUACAAGCAAAAACCCAACUAUGGAUAGUUAAACAAUGGUAAUCAUUAAUUGCGACCAGGACUGUGUGUCGUAAAGUAGGUCAUGUAAUCGUACAAUAGCAAGCAUCCUGUCCUGAGUGUUUUUUUUUUUUAAGAUAGGAAGAUCCUACGGUCAAUAGUUGCAUCCCAUUUAGGAGAACCUUGGGACAUUAUUGUACCCAGAUGUGCUCGCUCAUCCUCUUUUUAUUGUGUUAGCGACCAUAAGUCGUAAAUUUGUGUGUAGUAAGCAAAACAUAUGAAAGGAAGAAUAGAGAAAAAGGUCCCUCAGAGAAUGGAGAGUGCACAAAGGGGACUGGGGGAGAGGGAAGGAUAGGGGGAGUAGUUGGGGUGGGGGGGAUCAUCCAGGGUACCACUUGCGAGAGGCGGACAGACCGAAAGACCAUAUCAAAUUGUGCUUGGGGGCAGUCUAGGUUAUGAGUACCUCCUAGGGGGAUCCUUAAAGUCCCCCCAUCUGGGGAUAGUAUAUAUAUUCAGCUGCUAAUCGUUAUCAAAAGUAAGAUGAGCGGUGCGUGUGGGGGACUGAGCCCACCCCAUCCAUCUCUUAAUCACUCGCUGCGCUAGCCAUCCAGGGGCCCCAAGUCUUUUCAAACUUCUUCAUUGUCCCUCUGACCUGCACUGUUAAUUUGUCCAUAAGGAACGUAUCUUUAAUUUUUUGUAUCACCAUAGGGAUAGUAGAUGUCUCCCUCUGUAACCAAACCUGUGCCAGAGUUCUCCUAGUAGCCAGGUUCACCUUAUGCAAAAGGUUUUGUUCCGCUUUUGUCCAAUCAUCCAUAGAUCUUACCAAUGGGAACACCCACGGGUCUAUUGCGACCUCUUUGUCAAAAACAUCGCGCAGUAACACUGCGAUCUGUUUCCAGUAAGUUUGCACCUCUGGGCAUUCCCACCACAUGUGGAUAUAGAUACCCUUCUGGCCACAUCCUCUCCAGCACAAAUCAGUUGGUAAGAUUAGUUGUUUUUUCAUGUGGACAUUUUUACAUUAAAAACUUAUAUUUUACUUGUUUUUCUUUUUGUUUUAGAGCAACUUGGCCCAUUAUGUUGGUCUCAGCCAUCACCUGAGAGUCCUGAAUUUUGUAUCUAAUUACUUUGACAAACAUGAUCCUAUAUCUUCUGGACAUAUGAAAGUCACUGAUACUGUCUUUGAUGGUGUUGAAGUUAGAAUCUUUGAACCAACAACAGAACCUUCCGGAACCUUGAAACGCAGUAUUAUUUAUAUUCACGGUGGCGGAUGGGCCCUUGGAAGUGCAAGUAUGUUGUUACAAUAUAUUUACAAUUUUCACCUUUUUUUGUUUUACUUUUAUAAAUAUUUUAUUUAAUGAUUUCAAUUGGGCACUGUUAUUUUUUGAUUGUGUGUUGAUCCGAUAUAUAUAUGUAAAACAAAGCUUUAUGGAACUUAUUUAUUUACAAAAUAUUUUAUCAGGAUGGAUACAUUGAGAUUUCUCUCGUUUUCAAGUAUGUCCUGAGUCCACAAAACAUUGCAAUGUUACAAUAGGAAGACAAUAUUACAAAAAUACUAUAUAUAUAUAUAUAUAUAUAUAUAUAUAUAUAUAUACAUACACACAUAUAUAUAAAUUUAAUACAUAAUAGGUAAUAAAUAUAUUCAACCAUGACAGGUGCAUUCUGUGCUGAGAUAUAUUUCCAUAGAUCUCUUAAAAGAUUUUAGAUUGAAUGAAGAUUUGACUGUGUCCCUGAGGUAAUUCCAUAAUCGCGGUGCUCUGUAGGAAAAGGAGGAUCGAGACACUUUAUUUUUGUAUUGCGGUAUGCUUAAUAUUGUGCUAGUACUGGAUCUGAGGCUAUAGGAGGUGGGAACAGCUGGGGAGAGCAUUCUACUCAGGUAGGGUGGGAGCCAGUGGCGGAUCCAGAGCCUGAUCUCGGGAGGGGCACUUGUAGAUUAUUUAAAGAAAUAAUCCAGACACAAUAACAACUACAGCUCAGUGUAGUGGUUAUGGUGUCAAUAGUGCCGGGACCCCCUCCCAGAGUAAGUAGUCAAACCGUUUAAGAACAGUUUGACAACUUACCUGAGGUCUGCUGGGAAAUGGGGCAGUAGUAGGGCAUAGGAGCAGUGGUGUGUGUGAGUGGUGCAGUGUGUGUGUGUGUGAGGGGGACAGUGUGUGUGUGAGGGCGGCAGUGUAUGUGUGGGACAGUAUGUGUGUGUAACAGUUGCAGUGUGUGUGUGAGUAUUGCAGUGUAUGGGGGCAGUGUGUGUGUAUCGGGUAGUGUAUGUGUGUAGAGUGUGUGUAUGGGGGGCAGUGUGUGUAUAUGAGGCAGUGUAUGUGUGUAGAGUGUGUGUAUGGGGGCAGGGCAGCAUGUGUGUAUGGGGGACAGUGUAUCGGGUAGUGUAUGUGUGUAGAGUGUGUGUAUGGGGGCUAGUGUGUGUGUAUGGGGGCCGGUGUGUGUGUGUAUGGGGCGGUGUGGGUGUAUGGGGACAGUAUACUAGGGGCAAUGUGUGUGUAUGGGGGACAUUGUGUGUGUAUGGGGCAAUGUGUGUGUGUAUGGGGGGCAGUAUUAUGGGUGUAUGGGGAGACAAUGUGUGUAUAUAGGGGGGGCAGUAUGGGUGUCGAGUAUGGGUGUAUGGGGGGACAGUAUAUGUGUAUGGGGGCAGUAUGUGUGUAUGGGGGCAAUGUGUGUGUGUAUGGGGGCAAUGUGUGUGUAUGGGGGGGCCAGUAUGUGUGUAUGGGGGGCAGUAUAUGUGUAUGGGGGCAAUGUGUGUAUAGGGGGCGAGUAUGGGGGUGUGUGUGUAUAGGGGGCAGUAUGGGUGGCAGUGUGGGUGUAUAGGGGGGGCAAUGUGUGUAUAGGGGGGCAGUAUGGGUGUAUGGGGGGCAGUGUGUGUAUGGGGGGGCAGUAUGGGUGUAUGGGAGGGCAGUAUGGGGAUCAGUGUAUGUGUGUAGAGUGUGUGUGUGUGAUAAGGGUAGGGGGGCUUUUUAAAAAAUAUAUAUAUUUUUUUAUUUAGUUUAAUAAAAAUAAUCAUUAUGUCCCCCCUCCCUUCUUACCUUUACUGGGGAGGAGGGGGGACAUUUCCCUGGUGGUCGGGUGGGCGAUUCAUUGGUGGUCCGGUGGGGGAUUCCCUGGUGGUCCCAGUGGUGAUGAGAGUGAACUCUAGCCCACGCUCCCAGGCUUGAGUUCACUCUCGCGAGAUUUGGAGCGUUGCCGUGGUAACCGCGGCAACGCUCCAAAUCUCACGAGAGGAGGACCCGGAGGAGCCGCAGCCUGAGCUCUGGGUCCUCUCUCCCUCCCCUGCUGGCUGUCAGCACAGUGCCUGCGGACCGGGGAGGGAGAUCUGUGAUCUUCCCCCCGGUCCGCAGGCACAUUGCAGGGCUAGCACCUGCAUGUGCUGGCAGGGGAGGGAGAGGGAGACCGGCGGAUUUCUCGGGGGGGGCAAUUGCCCCGUUGCCCCCCCCCCUGGAUCCGCCACUGGUGGGAGCUUCCCAGAAAUGCUCUUAUGCACAAGGCUGGAAAGAUGAGUGCGUCGGGAUUGCAACGACAGCCAGUUUAGCUCUUUUAACUUGUCACAGUGGUGGGUAAAGUAAUUACAUUCUAGUACAAAGCUGCAGAACGAAUUAUAGAACGUAUUAAAGGACCACUAUAGUAACCCAGACCACUUCAGCUCAAGUCAGGUCCCCCAGGUUUACAUUGCAGGGUUAAUCCAGCCUCUAGUGGCUUUCUUCCUGACAGCUGCUACAGGUGCUUCUGCGACACUGAAUGUGAAAAUCGCAUUCAGCGUGCAGAACGUCCAUAGGAAAGCAUUAAGAAAUGCUUUCCUAUGGGCGUUUUUAAUGCGCGCGUGGCUCUGGCCACGCAUGUGCAUUCCGCUCCACUCUUGAGCUGAUGUCGGAGUGGGAGGAGAGGUCACCAGCGCCGAGAGAACCUGGCGCUGGAUUAAAGCAAGUAGCUGAACGGGUUUAAACCCCUUCAGUCCAGCGGGAGAGGGGCCCUGAGAGUGGUGGGGGGACCUAAGGGUUAUAUAGUGUCAGGAAAACGAAUUUGUUUUCCUGAAACUAUAGUGAUCCUCUAAGUUUAUUAAGGUAGGUUUGCGGUGCGGGUGCAUACACUACAUCCCCAUAAUCAAUGACCGGCAUUAGCAUUGGUUGCACUAUUACUGCUAUAAUACAACAUUUCCCACACUGCUUGAAACAGACCUGCCACCUACUUGAAUCUUGUUUUUUACUAUUUUGUAUUCUCAAAAGCUUUCCAGAUUAUAUUUGUGGGGUAAAAUAAAAUGAAAAAAAUGUUAGAGUUGGAUUGCCAAAUCCAAAAUAUCUUGUUUAAACUUCAAAAUGUGGCAAAAGAUAGUGUUCUACUGUACAGGUAUGAAAACAUUGCCAUUUUAAGUCAAUGCUAUUUUAAGUGAAAGUGCUGCUUUAAAGGGACACCAUAUGUAGUAACCCAAACCACUUAAGCUCAAUGAAGUGGUCUGGGUGCCAGGUCCCUCAGGUUUAAACCCUUCACAUGUAAACAUAGCAGUUUCAGGGACCACCGAUGGCGCCUGAGGCCCACUGUGCACCCAAGGAAUCUGAAGCCUUGCCAGAGGAGGAAGAAUCGGAUGCCACAUCCCACUCUUCAGAGUCUGAGGAGGAGAAGUCACCCUCCACAAAGUUAGACAUAAAGAGGCUCUUGGUAGACUUAAGAAAGGUCUGGAGGGAAGACCAGACUGAGGUGGAGGUGGUACGCCAGAAGGUCCAAGACCUAGAGGCAUGAGAGACCUCCAGAGAAAACAAAUUCCGGGCUACUGACAAUAGCCUGGACAGGCUUACCUCUCAGGUACAACAAUUGAGACAAACAGUGACCACAAUGGAGGCAAGACACAGGCGUAAAAAUCUGCGCCUCAGAGGUAUUCCCAAAACUAUUGGUAACGCACAGCUCUUACCCUAUAUCAACAACCUCAUGAACACCAUGGGCAUUAGAGGCAAUGCUGACAUGCCACAGAUCACCUCUGCAUUCCGAGUGCUGCAGCGCCCAGUGAAGCACCCAGGGAUAUCAUUGUGGUGACCCGUGACCUCUACAUGAGGUCUGCCAUAAUGACCCGAACCAGGGAAAUGGAGACAAUACCUAAUGAGGGCCAACAGUGGCUAUUCUAUGUCCUCACAGAAAACUGGCACCUAUAGCCAGGAAACUACGAGACUCUAGCAUACGUUACCGCAGGGGAGUGGAUGGAUCCCUCCUAACUGAAAUCGGGAGAGAGAGCCUCACACUGACAUCGGAGGAUGUCCCGGAGCCCUUCCUACAACAUGUGAACCUGUCAGCCUUACCACGACUGGGACCCUCAUCACCUAAUAGGAGACCUGAAUAACAGAAGAGCAUCAACAAAUGAACACACAGCAAGCUAUCAAGAUUUAAAGUCAAGAGACUGACACCACUGCCCAGAGUCACAGUCCCAAGUUCCUAUAAUUAAAUGACGGAUCGCCCAGCGAAUAGUACCGUCACAAGCUUCCUCUAGUGAAUCAUAAUAGCCCACCAAUUCACCGGGGUUCUUUUAAUCGUCUUUAGGGACAGCAUCGCGACCAACAAAAGUCAAUACAGUUAUUGUAACAUUGACAGUGUUCCAUCUACUGUACCCAAUAUGAUUUCAAAUAUGCUCAAACGUGUUUUCUAUUUAAAUAUAUUGGAAUUGUUGUACUUAGUACAUGGCUGCUGUUGAAUUCUACUCCUUAGCGGUUUUACCAGUGCCCGAAAAGAAAGCAUCUCAUUACUUCCUCCUCAAGCUGCUGUUCAGGAGUGAGGACGAGAGGUAUGUCUCCCAGAAAUUGCCCUCCCUUAAUGCCCGAAGCAGUUGCUUCAGUAAUUGUGGGGCUAACUCUAUUUGUUUCUGGCAAGGCUACAUAAAAAAAGAAAUACCUGCCCAGCAACAGGAACUGCAUGUCCAAACAUCUGGCGAAAUAAAUUCCACAUCCCUGAUUUCUAUAGGUCUUAAAAAUGACUGAAAAGAAAUUAAACACUGUUUAUUGUGCCUGCUUGUAACUGUGAGUACCACACCCACCCCAGGAUCUGAUGCACCAGUCAGGAGCAUCUCAUUACGGUCUGAUGGAACUGCUUUUAUCCCUAAUCUCCUGUACUGGAGAGGAUUAUGAAAUAAGUGAAUAAGGGUAUGUUUUAUUAUAAGGAGAGCCGUGGGAUGGAAUCACUGCCCAUUCGCUAAAGACCCCAUCUUAUUAACAGUGGGAUGGGACAUGUAUAAAUCCUGUAUAGAGGGAAGCUGCCACUGUUCCUCCGCAUGCCUGGGUGAGAACAUGUUAAAUAGUCCAGGGGUGUUGGACAUGCCAUUUCCCCCAAAACCAUCUGCAGCUGGUGGGAUGUGAGUAAUUCAAUUUCACCUCUUUUGCUUCCAGCCCAUCCUACUCAAUAAAUAUUGAACCCCCCACCCCAAAAGAUGUCUACCUACAUAGACAUCUUUUGGGGAUGGAGCCCAAAAAGUCUAGUAGUGGAUGGAGCCCAAAAACUCUAAAAAAAUAAAUAAGCAAUUUGCAAAAAAAAUCUUAUAUUUUCUUUUGUCAGUCUCAAAAAAUACCAAAUAAAAAUCCAAUGUAUCCCAGUGCAAAAAAAAAAUACACUGAGAUGUGUGACUUGCCUGUCAGAGCUCUGUGACUUCUGGGUUCUCUGAUUUUUUUUAUUUAUUUUUUGCAAUUUGUGUCUUUUUUAAUUGUAAAAGUUCUGGCAGGAUAUAAUGGAUUUUUACUUGUCAUUUUUGGGGGCUGAAGAUAGAAAAAAAUAAAUAAAAAAAACCUCACAUGGUAAGUAUAGAAAUCUUUUUUGUUCACAGGCUUUUAUAUUUUAGGCCCUGACGCUAUUAUUAGUGUGAGAGGGGCAGGUAGGAACCUAUUUAGUUGGGGUGAAAAGAAGCUUGGAAACCUCUAGUCACCGAGGCCGAAACGGUUCAAUAUUUAUUGGAUGGACAACUAAUGAGUGAACAAUGCCCCUUUCAUUAAUCCUGACCAUCUCUGCUUAUGAGUGAGAGCAGGGGGAGUACAAUAACAAGACUAUCCCUGUCAUUAUAUCAGUGCAGGGGUUCACACAUGGGGGACAGUGGCAUGUCUCCCCCCUACUUUUUUUCUACCCCACCCAUUGCUUGAGGGGGCGGGGACAUUUGGCUAUAUGGCUUGUUCUCCCAAAAUCAUACUAUUUGCUCCCCCACCUGCCUAGAACUGGGCCUGGAUUACAGGUAAGUUAUGCCUUUCUUUCUUUCUUUUUUUUUUUUUCUUUUUUUUUAAAGGGGAGGGGAUGUUAGUGGUGGUAUGGGGCAUUUAGUGAUUGUUCAUAAGAUAUUAGAGGUAGAGCAGCUGCUGGAGGCAUGUUUAGUGCAUUUGGCCCUACUUGCGGCAUGUCAGCUGGAGGCAUUAGAGACUAUAAAAUCCUACUGACAGUUAAAUUGGAGUCAUAUUAACCCAGUAUGAUUUUUUUUGUGUGUGUGAAAUAUACUUUUUUGUGACAACUCAGACUAGCUUAGGUGAGCAUGAUGUUUUAAGAAAUUAAGCAACCUGUGCUUGCCAGCAAGCUGGGUAAGGAAGGAAAUAUACUCAUGUGACAUUAUCAACAUCUACAAGUGGUGAAAUUACAGUUUGGAGGUUGUCAGUGACUUCUUUUUUUGAGACACAGUUAGCUAGUCCUGCUUACCUGGAGGCAUCUCAUACCAGGCGCUUCAUGGGUCCUUACGGGUCUGCGUGUGCUUUUUUCUUUGUUUACAUAAAUAGUGUAAAAGGAUUGUUAAUUUUCAAAACUGAAUGCCUUUUUAUGUUGACAAAUUCAAUAGAGUCAGGAAUCCUGCAUUGAGUGAGACAUUAUGAACUUUUAGCAUAGCUAGUAAUCUAGGUGCUUCAAGGCUGCCAUUGAAGACAAAUAGUCACCAGCAAGACUGUGGAGUCUGGCAUGCAACGUUACGUCUUGUCAUACUGAUUCCAUGUAAUUAUUUAAGAGUUCCGGAGAAUGUGAUGCUUAUUUACUUCUGCAAUCUCCUUCGCAGUGGUUUUACAUGUUUCCAGCUUGCACCGUUGCAAUCUAUAAUGAAUGUGGCGGUGAGGCUCAUCUUCCUGUCCGCUCACACCUCCCACGCCUCCCCCCUCUGUCAGUCCCUACAUUGGAUUCCAGUAAGAUAUUGGGCUCAAUUUAAGAUUCUUGCUAACAUAAUGCUGCUCCAACCUACCUAUCCUACCUAAUACACAAGUAUUUCCCGUCGACGCCCCUGCACUCUGCCAAAGACCUACAUCUAUCCUCUGUCCGUACUCCCACCUCUGAUGCUCGCCUUCAAGACUUCUCCAGGGCUGCACCUUUUCUUUGGAACUCUCUUCCCUUCUCCAUUAGACUUUCACCCAGUCUCCACUCCUUUAAAAAAAUAAAUUGAAAACUCUCUUCUUCAGGAAAGCGUAUCACUUAAACUGUUAACAGCUUUUUAUCCCCGCACCCUGACUACUCUCCUGCAACUGUCAAAAAUAAACUACUAAGCCCUCAGUGAAUACUUUUCUAGCAACCUACUUAGAUAACCCUACUUUUACCCAUUGUGUCACUUUACCCCACUCCCUGUAGCAUUUAAGCUCAUUGAGCAGGGCCCUCAACCCCUCUGUUCCUGUGCGUCCAACUUGUCUGGUUAUAAAUACGUGUCUGUUAAUGUACCCAUUGUACAGCGCUAUGGAAUUUGCUGGCGCUAUGUAAAUAAUAAAAUGAGAGUAAUUUACAUUUAUAUUUACAAUAGGACUUGCCUACCAAUAUGUGUCUGAAAAUAGAUAUCAUUUGUAUUUUGUGAAUCCAGUUACAUAAUGGAAUAUGUUACUAUGAUAUUAUAUAUAAGUGUAGUAUUUUUGCUUAAACAUUUGUAUUUUUCUUAUAUUUGUAUUUUGACAUGUCUGGUUGGUUUUAGGAACAAGAUCUUAUGACAACUUGUGCCGUAAAGUGUCUGAAGAUGUGAAUGCCGUGGUUGUCUCAGUUGAGUAAGUUUAAAAAUGUAACACCUUUCCUGAAUGUGCAUGUGUUUAUGAUGUUUUAACAAAGAUUGCAGAAUUUACUGAGCCGAUUUCAAGAUUGAGUAAUCUCAUAUGACACACUAUUUGUUCAUCUGGUUAUGCAGGUGUGUCUUUAAAUACAAUGUUUACUCAUUGCAUACUGUAUGUAAAACAAUACAUACAAGGUUAAAAAGCCCUUAGGGUCACGUCCUCUUUUUCUCAAUAGAGAUUGACACUUUUGUAAAUUAACCUGGUUACACCCCAUUGGCUUUCAAUCAGACAACUGGUAAUGUUACUUUCUGGUUUCAAUAGCUUAAAGGACUACUAUAGGCACCCAGACCACUUCAGCUUAAUGAAGUGGUCUGGGUGCCAGGUCCUCUGGGCAAUUGUGGUCAGCUGCAUUAAAGGACCACUAUAGUGCCAAGAAAACAUACUCGUUUUCCUGGCACUCUAGUGCCCUGAGGGUGAUUUUCACAGUGAGAAGCACGCAAACGCCUCUAGCGGCUGUCAAUGAGACCGCCACUAGAGGCUGGAUUAACCAUUUAUAAACAUAGCAGUUUCUCUGAAACUGCAGAGGCUGCAUAAAUUCUCCUAAACAAAUGAAACACACAGUUCCCCAUGAAUCUACUAAACAGUGAUUUUUAUUUAUUUUGUAUUUGGGCAGUGGAGUGUCCCUUUAAAUAUGUAGGGGUUGCAGGUACACUUCAAAAAUAUCAAUGUUAUGGUGGCAUUUUAUAUAACAUGACUGUGGUUUUCCUAUUCAUGGGGAACUGUGUGUUUCAUUUGUUUAGGAGAAUUUAUGCAGCCUCUGCAGUUUCAGAAAAACUGCUAUGUUUAUAAAUGGGUUAUUCCAGCCUCUAGUGGCUGUCUCAUUGACAGCCGCUAGAGGCGUUUGCGUGCUUCUCACUGUGAAAAUCACCCUCAGGGCACUAUAGUGGUCCUUCAAUGCAGCUGACCACAAUUGUCCAGAGUACCUGACUUACAAAUACUUCUCAGUGAGCUGCAUUGAGAAGUCUGUGAUUGGUCAGCCACAGAAAGUCUGGGCGGGGUUAGAGCUUGCAAAGGCUGCAAACAAGAGAACUGCUGGUUUUGCAAGCUGAUUUUAGAUAUAACUACAAUGAAAAAAAUGUAUGAUUAAAUGCAUGCAAGUUUUCAUUUGGGGAAAAUCUACUAAACAGUGAUUUUUAUUUAUUUUGUAUUUGGGCAGUGGAGUGUCCCUUUAAAUAUGUAUGGGUUGCAGGUACACUUCAAAUAUAUCAAUGUUAUGGUGGCAUUUUAUAUAACAUGACUGUGGUUUUUCUAUUCAUGGGGAACUAUGUGUUUCAUUUGUUUAGGAGAAUUUAUGCAGCCUCUGGUCCACCACUGUCCUCCUGUUCACGAGCCAUACAAGUUAAACUUAUUAUUUAAUGUGUUUUACAAACUGAAAUUAACAUACCUUGGUAAUUUAUUAACCCACAAAGCUACAAAAGUAUCAGAGGUGACCACACAUGCUAAGCACCUCAAUAGAAAUUUAAUGACCUACACUUGUCAAAUGGCAAAUGAUUUAGGUAAACUAAAAAAAUGGUCAAUGCUGUGGCAACUGACAUUUAAUGUGGAUAAGUGCAAGCUAAUGCAUUUUGGGCGUAAAAACCCAUGGGCAGAGAUACACUACUUACCUUAACAUCUGAGGGAGGGAUUUAUGGGUAAUUAUUUUGUAUGACUUAAAGGUAGGCAGACAAUGUAAUAGAGCAGCAGGAAAUGCUAGCAGAAUGCUUGGUUGUAUAGGGAGAGAUAUUAGCAGUAGAAAGAGGGUAGUGCUCAUGCUAUUGUACAGAACACUGGUGAGACCUCACUUGGAGUAUUGGACUGUAUCUCCAGAAGGAUAUUGAUACUUUAGAGAGGGUUCAGAGAAGGGCUUCUAAACUGGUUUAUGAAUUACAGGGUAAAACUUACCAGGAAAGGUUAAAGGAUCUUAACAUGUUUAGCUUGGAGGAAAGAUGACACAGGGGCAUAUGAUAGAAACAUUUAAAUAUAUAAAGGGAAACAGCACAGUAAAGGAGAGUAGUAUAUUUAAAAGAAGGAAAUCUACCACAACAAGAUGAUUUAAAAUUAAUAUCAGGAAGUAUUGCUUUACUGAGAGGGUAGUGGAUGCAUGGAAUAGCCUUCCAGCUGAAGUGGUAGAUGUUAACACAGUGAGGGAUUUUAACCAUGCGUGGGAUAGGCCUUAGGCUAUCCUAGAUAUAAGAGACUAAUGCAAGUAUUAGGAAAAUUGGGCAAACUAGAUGGUCCGAAUGGCUCUUAUCUGCAGUCACAUUCUGUUUCUAUUUUGAGGAUCUCUUUGAGUUCAGGAGACUAGGUCUUCUUAGGAGAAAGGGCAACUAAAUCUUCUGCUUCAGUGUUAUAUGCUACGUAUAAAACUCAAAUAUCUAUCUUUGAUACCUUGGCACUUGAAUGAUAUUCACAUCAAAUAUAAUUUAAACUCUUAUUUAGAUAAAGAAAUGCUGCACAUCAUCAGUUGUGGCAGACAGCAUUCUCCUUUUUGAACCCUUACUCAUUUUCGAUGUUUCUUAAUUUCUUGUACUCACUCUUUGCGUGUAUCCUAUUUUUUGUUAUCAGUAACAGGCAAUUUUUAACACUUCAUAUUUACUAUUCCUACCAGUAGUUUGUGGUACAAUCAUUUUUAUCUCUAAAUCAGAAAAUUAUAUGUCCUAUUCUCUGAUUCUCACUUUUUCCUUAGCAAAGAUGUUAAAGGAUCACUAUACGGUCAGGGACACAAACAUGUAUUCCUGACACUAUAGGGUUAAAACCACCAUCAAACCACCCUGGGCCCCUCUUGCCUCCAUAAAUAUAGUAAAAAUCUUACUGUAUUCAACCCUGAAGCUGUAACUCUGCAUGCUGUUUGCCUCGAAAAAACAAGCAGUCUGCUGACACCAUCAGAUGUGGUAGCCAGAACCAAACACAGUGCUUCCCCAUACGAUUGGCUGAGACUGACAAAGGGGCAAAGCCAGCAUGAUUCAAACACAGCCCUGGCCAAUCAGCAUCUCCUCAUAGAGAUGAAUUGAAUCAAUGAAUCUCUAUGAGUAAACUUCAGUGUCUGCAUGCAGAGGGAGGAGAUACUGAAUGUUUGGAUGCAUUUUAGGCAGCCAUGACCCAGGAAGGAUCUCUAACAGCCAUUUGAGGAGUGGCCAGUGGAGUUAUUACUAGGCUGUAAUGUAAACACUGCAUUUUCUCUGAAAAGACAGUGUUUACAGCAAAAAGCCUGAAGGUAAUGAUUCUACUCACCAGAACAAAUUCAAUAAGCUGUAGUUGUUCUGGUGACUAUAGUGUCCCUUUAAUGUAGGCCAACAUAUUGGGAAUAGGCAGUUUGGGUUUCGAAGAGAUACCAUAUUGAGGUUAGAAAUUAACAAUAAUGGCUCAACCUGUAUUCAUUAUUAUUCAUGAAAUGAGAUGACUUGAAAAUGUAUUUUAAUUACUGUUUAUUUGUCUUAGUAGUCUGUGUUUUAUGCUCUGUAUAAAAGGUUCAGUUCUCAUUUAUUUUAGCAAAAUUGUCUGUAUUAAAAUUGAGGUCCUUCCAUUAAAGUCAUUCCAUUAUUCUCCAUUUAAUAUAAUAUACAAUUUUUUUUUUUUUUUUUGUAGAUACAGAUUAGUGCCAGAUGUUCAUUUCCCUACACCACUGGAUGAUGCAUUCACCGCUACAAAGUACUUCUUGAGUCCGGAGGUUCUUGAAAAAUAUUCCAUAGAUCCAGACAGAAUUGCCAUUUCUGGAGACAGCGCAGGAGGAAACUUGGCAGCUGCUGUUUGCCAGCAGGUAAUAACUGCUCCUGUGUAAUUUGAAUGACGGCUACGGAAGUAGUCUUUGCUUUAGAACCAUUGUUGGUGAUAAACGCUCGCUAUGGACAUUUAUUUGUGCUUCUGUACAUUGCAUUAUUUUGCCGUCUUUGUGUCUGUUAAAGGGACUCCAGGCACCCAGACCACUUCUGCCCAUUGGAGUGGUCUGGGUGCCAACUCCCACUACCCUUAACCCUGCAAGUGUAAUUAUUGCAGUUUUUUAUAAACUGCAAUAAUUACCUUGCAAGGCUAACUCCACCUCUAGUGGCUGUCUACUAGACAGUCACUAGAGGGCACUUCCUGGUCCAUAGCACAGAAAACCUGUGCUAGAGUGUCGCUGGACGUCCUCACUCUGUGUGAGGACCUCCAGUGUCGCUCAAUUCCCCAUAGGAAAGCAUUGAAAAGCAUUAGGUCUCCACGGCCGGCGGGUGGGAUCAGUCUCGCCCACCGGCCGACGUAAUGAAGAGGAGGAGCUGCGGCGACCCGACACCACCGCCGAGGGUCAUCGGCGGGGGUCUCAGGUAAGUGACUGAAGGGGUUUUCACCCCUUCAGCAACCAGGAAUUGGGAGGUGGGAGGGGGAGGGGACCUGCAGUGCCAGCAAAACGGAUUGUUUUCCUGGCACUGGAGAGUCCCUUUAAAUAGUUUACAAGUAAAAUCUUGUGUAUGCUUUCUAACAAGAGGACAAGAAAAUAUUAUAGACGUUAUGCACCAGUGGAGUGGGACCAAAAUGAUGUCACUUGAUUACAAGUAGCUGUUUUGUCAAAAAUCACAUUAACUAAACAGAAGUAAUCACUUAAAAUGUAUAUCUUAUUUAAAGUGUACAUAUCACAAUGCAUACAAUUUAAACAGAAUUAAAUUUACAACUAUAUAUUGUGCUAGCGGAAAUGUUUGAAAGUAUAAAGAUGUGUACAUGUAUAGAAUUUAAUUUAAAAUGCUCUUUAAAAAAAGUGUCCCCUCUCCCACCUGUCAAUCAAUCCUCAGCAUAGUCCUCUCUGUGCUGGAAGCAUAAUGGUCUAGGCUGGAAAUGAUUAACAAAGGAAGACAGGAGAACUUCCUACACCCAAUGUCACAAUGUUCCCACAGCAAGUGUUUCUCUUGCAUGAGGUAUAGGAAGGUAUGCCACCAAUAUGCUGGAAAUCUUUCCAAGCAAGACCAGGCUCAUGAGACAGGGGGAAGCAACAAGGCAAACCUGAAGGAUUUACAAUAGUCUGACACCUGCAGACGUCUGUGAAUGGCAGUGUUGGAGCUAUGCUUUGUUAAGUAAGAUCAUAACAGUGACUAAAGCUUCAGACUGAAUUUAAAGGGACACUGUAGGCACCCAGAACGCUUCAACUAAUUGAAGUGGUCUGGGUGCUGUGACCCUUUUUCACUUAGUGCUGCAAUGUAAAACAUUACAGUUCCAGAGAACUGCAAUGUUUACAAUGCAGCUCUAAGUCUGCCCUCUGUCGCUGUCUACCAGACAGCCACUAGAGGGCUACCGGAAUCCAAACUUUCUUUUGGUCCGUUAUCUGAUGCUGGACAUCCUCACGGACCUCCAGUAUCAGAUUUUCUCCUAUAGGAAAGCAUUGAAUAAUGCUUUCCUAUGGGGAGGACUAAUGCGCACGCACAUUAGGACCCCCCUGCCAAUGCUUUGGGCGGAGCCUGACCCAGCGCCGAUUGACAUUGGCGCUGAGUUCAUGUGUUUUAACCCCUUCAGUGACACAGGAACGGGGGCAGGUGGGGGGGGGGGGGCUAUUAACCCUAUAGUGCCAGGAAAGCGGCUUUGUUUUUCUGGCAUUAUAGAAUCCCUUUAAGCUGUUCUAGCCUGUUUGGCAUUGGCAUGACAAUUGUGAAAACCCGUGUGGUUAACUAGUGUCCUUUAGAAGUGUUUUGUUACCUUUUUCUAACCAAAUACCACUGUUAAAAUAAAAACACUGGUAAAACUGAACCAAAUUCCCUUAAUGUAGAUUUCACAAAGUUUCCCGAAUAUCAGCCAUCCUAUCCUAUGAUAUCAAAUAUUAACUUCUGAAACUUAAGAAGAUUUAUCAUUUAUUAUGUUGAUGUGUCAUUGUGUGACAGUCAUUUAAAGUAUUUUUGUAGUUAUGUCAAUAAGUGUUAAAACAGAUUUAUGACAGUGCAGACAUUGACAUAUUUUUUCUAAUGCUCAUUGUUUUGCAGAAGCAGCAAAAAUGUGUUCCAAUUCCACCCAAUAAUUAUUGCUAUGCUGUUAACCAAUCCAAACGCAUGAUAAUGAAUGGCUUUUUUACAGAAGGUCAUCUUUCCAGUAGACUUAAUAUUGCUUUGAAAGAGCCAUAUGUCAUUGUUAUAUGUAAGAUGACAAACGUCUGAUAUAUAGCUGUUAUUACAUUUUAGACUUGGAGUCAACAUCAUGAACAAAUCAUUUUAGUGUCAAAAUAUAUCCACUUUCCAUACCUCUUUAAAAAAAGUGCCCAGUUGUAGCAUGCUCUGAAUUAACCUGCUUACUAAUCAUCUUGUCAGUCCAUUUAAUGCGCAUGUCAUUUUUCUUCUGUGCAGAUUGCUGGAGAUCCUAAUGUAACUAUCAAACCGAAACUGCAAGCUUUGAUCUACCCGGUACUUCAAAUGUUGGAUUUCAAUACUCCUUCUUAUCAGCAAAACAGGGACAUGCCAAUCGUCUCCAGAUUUGUUAUGAUAAAGUUUUGGUUGGAUUACCUAAACGUGAGCCACACAUUUGCCCAUUCAUUGGAGGUUAACAAUCAUACGUCUCUUGAUGUAAGUGAAACACUGUCUUUGCGGGAACUUUUAAACUGGCAUUCACUGUUACCUUUGUCUUUCAAGAAAGACUACAAGCCAGUGUUACAAAGCACAGGGAACCCCAAUAUAAUUCAGGAAAUACCUGCAUUAAUUGAUAGACGGGCCUCUCCGUUAAUUGCACUCCAGGAGACGCUUCAGCUGCUUCCAAAGACUUAUAUAUUGACUUGUGAACAUGACGUUUUAAGGGAUGAUGGAACCAUAUACGCCAGACGUCUGCAAGAGGCAGGGAUUGAUGUUACUCAUGACCAUUAUAAUGAUGGCUUCCAUGGCUGCAUGAUAUUUGCCAGUUGGCCAACAUACUUUUCAGUUGGUGCUCGAACCAGAGAUGGUUAUAUCAAGUGGCUUAAACAGAAUCUAUAGUGGGGAAAAAAGACUGAACCAUUUUUCAGUUUGCAUAUAUUCACAAAGUGUGGUACAUUGCAUAAAAACACCCGCUUAGUAUCAAGGAGCAUCACUGCAUGCUUACCACCUUACAGUAAGUUUGUAUGUGCAUACUGGGGUGGGAUAUUUAUUUUUUACUCGAAAUGUAUGGUAUCUUUAUGUUUUCUUUCUUGCAAUCACAUUGAUUGGGAGAUUGGAUACCCGAGCGAAUUGAUUAACCACAUUACACCACACUGGGUAGCCAUCAAAUCUCUUGAUGAAACACUCCACUUUGCUGUAGUAACUGGAAUAUAGGUGUAGCAUAGAAAGGCAAUUUAUUAUUUAAGUUUCCUUUUUUUUUUAUUGGAUGAAAAAGUAUGCAAUUACUCAUGUUGUAACAAGCAGAUUCUUGAAUGAAGACUUUUAAAUUUUCAUUCAGUCAGUAUCAGGGUGCUGUCAUGCAAAGAUGAGGAUCACAGAAGGUCAAGCUUUUUAUUUUAUCAAAGUAUAUUUUAUUUUAUUUAUGUAAUGUUGCAUCUAACGUAGUGGAACACUGUUGCCAGCAGUGUGUACACGCAUCAUUAUGGUUGACAAGCAGCUGUCCAUAGCUCAUAUACCACGCACGCAAUGCAUUAUGGCAAAGGCUAGUAUGCAUGAUGUUGUGGGCCUAUGGACACUGAUCAUCAGAACCUCUAUAAUGUGGAAUUGCUGCAAAGUAAAUUCUUAUGAUAUAUUUACUAACACAACUUGCAGGUGAAAUAUGUACGUGUGUAUGAUAAUAUGUAAUGUGAAUCUUGCAAGACCAAGUUAGAUUUAAAUGCCUGUAUUGUUGUUAAACUAGACAGUCUAUUUGCACUAACCUAUCAUGACCUUUAUUGUUUUAGACGUAUAAGGAAAUAGAGCGUGAGAUUUAUUGGAUGCAGUUCAGUAAUGUCUUAGUCACAUUAAUAAAUUAAUAUUUUAAUAUUUCAAUGUAGCUAGUGGAAGGAACACUACUGCUUGCAUUACUUUUUACAUGCAUCCAGCAGAGGGCACUAGUCUCCUCAAGCUACAUUGUGUUUGGUUAUCAGCACUGGGUUCAAAGAAAAAGGAAACAACCUAAUUCUCUUUCAAUCUCUAUAUCUGUCUUUCUAUGCAAGUCAUAAUAAUGGUAAUAUGUUAUUGUGCUUUGUGGUGUGACAUGAAACAGAGCUUGCAUAAAAUAUAAAGCACAACCAAAGGGUCUUUUAUAGUGAUGGUUAAAUUAAAGGGACACUCCACAAACACCUAAGUCCCCAUCUGUAAAUUAUCCUCAUUUUCUUAGUGUAGCAAAAAAAGUGAAUAGAUUUUCUUUGUGAUAGUGUGCCAUACACAUUAGCUGCUUCUCAUUUAUGGACGAAUGGUUUAUAUAACGUUAGUAAGUGUGCAAGUAUUUUUGUAUUGCCACUCAGAGUUUAUUUUAGGAAUUGCUGCUUCUAUUGUGUUCCUCAUUUCAUGAAUGAGAAGCCCAUUAAUCUGAUCAUCAGCUGUUGUACAAUCUGUUGAGGUUAUUUACACACAUUUCACCCCGUGUUUAUGAGAUACUGCAGUGCUCUCAUUAAAUGAGUGGAAGGGCCAUUAUUUGAGAGGUCUCAGACAGUUUGUAGAAUUUGAAGGUAUCACUGCUGACUUUAGGUAUUUGCUGCAAACUAAGGACAUUCAGAGGUUAGUACAUUUUGGUUUGAUAUCUAAAUUUCCCUGAAUAUAGAGAAGAAUGUCCAAUUCUACUCCUUUAAGUAGAAAAUAUAGUGCCACCUCCCCUGCCGCGGUGCAGAAAGGGUUAAAAGCUCCUUCUGUCACUUAACUGAGUCUAAUGCCGAUGUCCCUGAGUGCUGGCUUGAGGCUGCCUCCGCUUCUCCCUUGCCACAGGAAAGCAUUAUUCAAUGCAUAACAUGCAUAGCGUGAGGAUGACCGGUGUCAGUUAGGCGACCAAAAGGUAGGCGAAAAUGCAGAAGUCCCUCUAGUGGCUGUCGGGUAUAUAAACAGCAAUAAUUAUCUUUAUGGGUUAGUGGCUGUCAGGUAGACAGCCACUAACCCAUAAAGAUAAUUAUUGCUGUUUAUAAAAAAAAAAACUGCAAUAAUUACUUUUCCAGGUUUAAGGGUCCUGGAAUACUGCACCCAGACCAUUUCAAUGAACUGAAGUAGUCUGGUUGCCUAUAGUGUCCCUUUAACAAGAGAAGGAUUUUGUCCACAUUCAACACGACAGUACUUUACUGCAUCAUACAAUGAUCAAUACAUCACAAUCAUAAUACAAUGUGCGUGUAAGUAGACAGUGACGUACAUUUACAAAAUUAAAGAACAUGUGAAGUUGACUAUAUACAAACCUACUGUCUACUAAAUCACUGUUCCACUUGACUGGUACCCUACACAUUCACCAUACUUUAUUUGCCUCCACAUGUCCAUGUGCACUAUGUCAAUAAGAGCCCCUUCAUCCAUGAAUGAUGUUCAUCUUGCUUCACAUAGCAAUCUGUAAUCUCUUUGUUUACGUGUUGGGAUUUGUGCAUAUGUUGCACACAGUAAUUGUUGACAAAUGUCUGCAAUAUGUUGCAGUUAAUAUUUUCUUUUACGUGUAUUUGAUAGAUGGAAAUCUAUGUAUGUCUGUCUUAAUUAAAUGGUGCAAAGGUUCCACUUGAAGUAGCAAUAAAUUAUUCCGAUGCACCAACCUCUGCAAGUCUUAAAACUUUUACAAAACUAACUUCAGCUCUUUAUACCUCCCAAAAAUUGUGGUAUCAUCAAUAGUAUUAUAGUUCAUCUUACAUUUAUAGUGAACCUGUCGCUCUAUAGGUGUCUAAAUUUUUUUGCAAACACCUACCCUCAGGUGACAUCUCCUAGAUGGUGGUGCCUGAGAGAGAUGGUAAGUGAGGUAUCAUCGCCUGAAGCUUUUUGUCCUCGGCACCAUAUUGCCUUUAUUAGCUACUGAAAUGUCAAAGUUAGGUUGGUGGAACUCAAUCAAUAUUGGCUUUUUGACAAAUUCUACCAUUUUCAGAGGCAUGUAUAAAAUAAAGUAAUCUCUAAUUUGUCCUAUGCAUGACUUUUAGUUACAUUGGAAUUUCAGUGAAAUCUCAACACAAUAUAAUAGGUAUUUAUAUAAAACAAUCGGAAUGCAACACUCCAGAAUGUAAAAAUAAAGUAAAGUCAUUUCAUAUUUUAAUGUGAUUAAAUACUGAUAAUUAUAAACUGAUCAUCCAGUAGAUGUAUUGACUGGCCUGCACAAAUAGGAUUUUAAACGUUAUAUCUAGAAUUGGUAGCUUGGGAAAUUCUAAUCAGUUUCAGAUAUUUCCCCAGUGAAAAGAUAGCUAGAGCUACAAACAUCAAGAUUACAGUGCUCAAAAUGUCAUUAUUUAACCUUUAAGAAACUGCGCAUAAUUGUUUUCUAAAUCUUGACAAAUGACACGGCUGCUUUUCAACAGCUUCGGACCGAUGUGAAAUUUAAAAUACCAUAAGUCAGUGUGUGGAAUGCAUUAACUUUAAGCAUUUGACUCACACUGCGCAAGCCAGUUGUAGGUUACAUUAUUACUCUUGAUAUCAUUUUGACAAGUUAUAUAAAUGACUUUCGUAAUAUUUUUCAGUUUUUAUUUGAAAAUCAGUCACAGAUACAUGCAUUAUUAUUGGACUUUGUACCUAGACUAUGAAAUUGCUGUGAUUCUAUUUCUGUAUAUCCCUUAAUGAGAAGGUGACUAUCAUAUAAUGUGAACGAGGAUGAAUGUACACGACUCUUUCAUAGAACAUAUUGUUACAGCUUAUAUACAGUGUGCACUGCUUCUUAAAGGAUCUCUCCAACCCUUUCUUUUUAAUCUCCAAAUACGGCCCUAUUGACUUUAUUCAUCAGAUUCCCCCCUAAAGAACGCAUUGAAAGUUUUUUUUUUGUAAAUUAAGGCUUUACUUAGCUUUGCCAAGCGCAGGUGAAGCUCUCAGCACUGCUCGAAACACUCCAUCUGACAUCACAAGAGCUGCACCAAGGUCCAAUCAAAGGCUUCUCAUAGAAAAGCCUUCAAUUGGUCCAUUUAACCGGCUCAGUGCGCAGGCAUGUGCUCUGAGCUGGCAUGGGGGUAGGGAGGGAUGAAAGGAAGAGACAGUCAUUAGAGGUGCUUCUUCUGUAACAACUGAGUAAAACUCAGUCACAUGACUUUACAGUCCACAGCAAAAUACUGAAUUCAAUGCUUUUGGAUGUGUGCACUGCACAUGCGCACCAGGUCCCUCAUAGAGAAUUGCAUAGGACCAUCGAUAGAGAAAAUGACGUCACCUUGAUGACGUUGUGGGAGGCAAAGAGGUUAGCAGCACUGAGGGAGUCUUGGCGUUGGAAAAGGGUAAGUAAAAAGCUUUCUUAAAAUAUUUCUUAUUGAAAAUGGGGUGGUUAAAUAUUACUGGGGACAUGGGCAAUAUAGUGGUAGAGAUAUAGGUUUGUAUCCCUAAAGCUAUGGUAUUCUUUUAAGACUUGGUAGUCAACUGCACAGGUAAUGGCUGGUCCUUUAACAGUUGCUAUUUGUGGUACUUGCAAACUGGAAAUAAAAAACUGGAAAAUAAAACUUGCAGAAAAUGGUUUCGAGAAUUCUUAUUUUAAGAAUGGUUGUUGUAAUAUGUGUGUAUUUUUCUUCUUGACAGAAAAGGGUUUGAUUUAUCACCUCUGCUGAAAUGCAUUUAAAUAAAAAAUGCUAUUUGCUUUUUGAAUUGUAGAUCCUGUUUCCUUUUUUUUUGUAGUUGUUGAUGUUUUAUUUUCAUGUGUAAUUUCUUUGGAGUUUGAACAAUCAAUAAAAAUAUUUCAGUGUAUGGCGUUGUCUGUAAAUUGCAAUACUUGACGCUGACAGUAGAGGGAGACAUUGCUUUAUUAGUUAUUGAGCAUUGUGCUGCUAUG